UGUCUUUAAAAAGAAAUUCCAGUCACCACAGCUACCAAAAGCUGGAAGUCUAAGUCACAGACAGCAGCAUUCACUCUGCUCGUCUUGCCCCUCCCCAUGAUGCAGUUUAGAGAUUAACCAGGUCUGUAAGCAAAACAGCUUAGAGGAGGAACCCAGGCUUAAUGACUGAAUGUCAACCUUUCCAAGAGACGGUGGCAGUCUAAUUCCUCACUAGGGGCCCCUCCCAAAAGGAGUAAUGAUAUGCAAAUAGAGGCACACUGCUCUGCCGGCAAAGAGAGAGGGGGAAGGACCAGGUCUUUUUGGGGGAAGAACCAGGUUUUUAUUCGGGCAUCAGACUCGGGACCUUGGAAGAGGUCAGGAGGGGAUGUUUCACUUUAAUAUAUAACUCUAAGGGCAAGAAGACUGUGAGACGCACCCACGCCUUGGUUCACUGAGGGCAGCUCAGGCUGCCGGUGAUAGAGUGAAAGGAAAGCUGACCUCCUGACUCCUCAAUGGAGCCCAAGCUUUUUGUGCUGCUGUUGCUUCAGGCAGUAUGGAAAGAUGCUUUUGCAAAAUCCCAUUCCUUACAUAGGAGAGGACUCAUUGAAUUGUCUGGCACCAUAAUGUGUGGCACAGGACGCUCUUCAUUGGCAUACAUAGGCUAUGGAUGCUACUGUGGUCUCGGAGGACAAGGCUGGCCUAAAGAUAAAACAGACUGGUGUUGCCACAAGCAUGACUGCUGUUAUGACAAGGCAGAGCGGGAAGGCUGCGACCCCAAGAUGCAGAGAUAUGAAUGGAUCUGUGAAGGCAACACUGUGGUAUGCGGGCUUUAUUCUGCACCUUGCAAAGCUCUGGAAGAGAUUGGCACAUUUCACUCAUCCUUGGAUACCACCAGCAAAACUGUUGAAGUUCCAAUGACUUACACUUCUGCAAUCACAUCAACAGGAGUCAUGGAAAGUCUCAUUUGGCUUGCAGACUUUUUAUUAAAAGUUAUACAGUGUGAGAGGAUAGAACCCAAUGUGAUCCUCACAUGACAACUUGAAUUUGCAAGGCUGGGGGGAAAGAAAACACCUUUUACUUAUAAAUGGCGUGCAUGUGAUACUGAAAUCAUUGAGAGACAGUGAAAAUGGAACUUGUGACAUGAUUUUCACUGAGUCACUUUUCAGAAUAGAAGCAAAGUAUAAUCUAGGUAGCUUCUGGAUAAGCUGACAGACAGGUGUGAAAAAAUGGUGUGCCAGUGUGACCAAGAAGCAGCCAACUGUUGGGGUGCAGCCU